AUGCAUACUAAACAUAAGCAAAAACAGCAAGUAGAUCUUGGGAGACUCCACAACAAUGACAUCACUGCACCACGUAAGAAUUUUCUAUUUACUACAUUUCAAACUGUAACGCCUCAAUACGAGGCUACAUUUGCCAAGAUCUGCUUGUUCAUAAACAUUAAAAAUAUGAUGGAAGGCGGCCGUCAUAUUGCUAUCCUUGGUGGUGGUAUUAUCGGAUGCACCAUAGCGUAUUAUAUUACACUACUAAAAGAAGACCCGAAUUUAGAAAUUACUGUUAUUGAGAAAACGGACAUAGCGUGUGCCGCUUCUGGAAGAGCAGCAGGCUUUAUAACAUCCAACUGGAAUGAUGGAGGACCGCUUCAGGAUCUUACCCAGAAUAGUUUCAGGCUCCACGCAGAACUUGCCGAAACUUUAAAUGGCAAGGUCACUUAUGAUUAUCGACCGAUACAAACAUUAUCUAUCACAGCUUCGGUAAGAGCGCAAAAUGCCAAAGAACCGCCGAUCGACUGGUUGAAAGGCAAACUAAUACAGAAGGCAGAAUGCAUUGGCACUACGAAAACAACGGCUCAACUUCAUCCGUACAAGUUUUGCCAGACUCUGAUUAAAGAAGCAAAAUCGCGAGGUGCGAAGGUGCGUAUAGCAUCCGUUGAAGGUCUUAUAUUUGAUAAGUACAAAAUAACAGCUGUUCGAUUGAACGAUGAAGUGAUAUUACCAGUGGAUACAAUAAUCGUAGCAAUGGGGCCAUGGAGCGGCCCUUGUUUGCAAUGGUUGGUUAAACAGGGCGAUAGAAUGUAUUCGUUGCCGGAUGUAAAUGGGCAGCGUGCACAUAGUUUACUUUUAAGACCCUCAGUCCCAUUAUCUCCACAUAUAUGUUUCAUGGCGUUAAGUCUAGGCCAUAAAUUCAGUGAACCAGAAUUCUAUCCCAGACCAGAUGGAGAUGUUUUUGUCUCUGGGGAGAUUGAUAAUGGAGUUCUCCCGAAAUCAGCUAACGAAUUUGAACCCAACCCGACAUCUAUUAAAAAUCUGAAGAGAGACUGCAACUUAUUAUCGCCUGACAUUUUGGGAACGGCAACUGUAGUAAAGGAAAAUUGUUGUUGGAUGCCCAUUUCUUCGGAUACUUUGCCUCUAAUAGGGAAAGUGCCAUGGUUGGAUGGAGUCUAUUUAGCAACUGGGCAUAAUGUAUGGGGUAUUUCUAACUGCACUGGGACUGGUUUAGUAAUAGCAGAGAUGGUGUUGAUGGGUCAGGCCCAAAGUAUCGAUGUGAGGGCCCUUGCACCUCUGAGGCCAAAAAAUUCCAGAGUGCAUCAAUGA